GCUGCGGCUGCGGCUGCGGCUGCUGGCCGGCGCUGCCGCUCUCCAUCUUGGCAGAGCUCUCCAUGCGCAGCGGCCGCCAAAGAGUCGCCGAAGGGGAGCAAGCGGGGACGCGAGAGAGGAUGAGAUGGAAAGAAUAAUGCUGAGGGAUGGCUAACUAGAAAUCCAGUAUGGCUUUGGGCAAAUUCUUUAGACUGAAUCUCACCCUGAUCUUCUUAGAUUUGAUGGUGUUACUCCACUGACCGGUGACUGAGUUCAUUCUGCCCUAAAAUGUCUUCAAUCACUGAGUGACAUUGCUGUCCUGCCCUCUGAGGUUAAAAACCUCAGGAGCAGCACUUGCUGUUUGCGAAACCGCCUGCCACCGACGCCCCGGAGUUAGACGCCUCACUCGCACGGGGAGCCAGCAUGUCGGCUGUGGUCCUGGAAAACCGAGGUUUUGGCAGGAAACUCUCUGACGGACAGGAAACAAGCUAUAUUGAAGACAAUUCCAAUCAAGAUGGUGCCAUAUCACUGAUCUUCUCGCUCAAGGAAGAAGUUGGUGCCCUGGCCAAGGUCUUGCGCUUGUUUGAGGAGAAUGAUAUAAACCUGACCCACAUUGAAUCCAGACCUUCGCGCUUGAAGAAAGAUGAGUAUGAAUUUUUUACCUAUCUGGAUAAACGUAGCAUGCCUGUCCUGGCAAACAUCAUCAAGAUCUUGAGGCAUGACAUCGGUGCCACCGUCCAUGAACUUUCCCGGGAUAAGAAGAAAGACACAGUGCCCUGGUUCCCAAGAACCAUUCAAGAGCUCGACAGAUUUGCCAACCAGAUCCUCAGCUAUGGAGCAGAACUGGAUGCAGACCACCCUGGUUUUAAGGAUCCUGUGUAUCGAGCAAGACGGAAGCAGUUUGCUGACAUUGCCUACAGCUACCGACAUGGGCAGCCCAUCCCUCGAGUGGAAUACACAGAGGAAGAAAAGAAAACCUGGGGGACGGUGUUCAGGACCCUGAAGUCCUUGUAUAAAACUCAUGCUUGCUAUGAGCACAAUCACAUCUUCCCACUUCUGGAAAAGUACUGUGGCUUCCGCGAAGAUAACAUUCCCCAGCUGGAAGAGGUUUCUCAAUUUCUGCAGACUUGCACUGGAUUCCGCCUCCGACCUGUGGCUGGCCUGCUUUCCUCUCGGGAUUUCUUGGGUGGCCUGGCCUUCCGAGUCUUCCACUGCACUCAAUACAUCAGACAUGGGUCCAAGCCCAUGUACACGCCUGAACCUGACAUCUGCCAUGAGCUGCUGGGACAUGUGCCCUUGUUUUCAGAUCGCAGCUUUGCCCAGUUUUCCCAGGAAAUUGGCCUUGCCUCUCUGGGUGCGCCUGAUGAGUACAUUGAGAAACUGGCCACGAUUUAUUGGUUUACUGUGGAGUUUGGCCUCUGCAAACAAGGAGACUCCAUAAAGGCAUAUGGUGCUGGGCUCCUGUCAUCCUUUGGUGAAUUACAGUACUGCUUGUCGGGCGAGCCAAAGCUCCUCCCCCUGGAGCUGGAGAAGACAGCCGUCCAGGAGUACACUGUCACGGAGUUCCAGCCCCUCUAUUAUGUGGCUGAGAGUUUUAAUGAUGCCAAGGAGAAAGUGAGGAAUUUUGCUGCUACAAUCCCACGGCCCUUCUCAGUUCGUUAUGAUCCAUACACCCAAAGGAUUGAGGUCUUGGACAAUACCCAGCAACUUAAGAUUUUGGCUGACUCCAUCAACAGUGAAGUUGGAAUCCUUUGUAGUGCCCUUCAGAAAAUAAAGUGAAGCCAUGGACAAAACCUGUCAACUGAGAAUCUGUUGAUGGAAAUCCAACUACUUUCAUUUCAUCUGAAAAAGUCUGAAAAGCAAACCUUAAUUUGAAUUGAGAGCCUUAAAUCCUUUUUUGGAACAAGAUGGAGCACAAACAAAUAAAUCAAACUAAGUUGAAAUGACAGUGUAUUAAGACACACCCAAAAGCCUAAUCUUUUGGGGUCCUCUUUGAUUUAAAGAUGGUAAUCCCAUACCCUCAAUUCAGUUAAAAUCAAUAGUAUGUCACAUUUCAUCAGUUAAUUAAAAUUUGGGACCUGAUUUAUUCAAGCUUCUAUAUGUCACUCGAUGUAAAACACAAGCCUGUCAUUAGAAUUGAAUUUGUUGAUUUAAUCUAAAUCUUAACCUACGCAAGUAAUUUUUUAUUUCAGUGAACUAUGAUUCUACUAUUGCUGUGUUUUACCCAUGUAGAUUUCCUUUAAUUCAAGAGCCCAUUAAAAUACUUAUAAAGGUUGAA